CCCCUUUCCGUCGUCAUUCCUCCGCAGGGCUGAAGUUUCGGCCGUUUUUGUCUGUCUCUCUGUCUGUCUGUCUAUCUGCCUGCGUAUCUUUCUUUGUUUGUUUCCAUCUCUACGUCUCUCCCCACUGUCCAACACACCAUUCUUCUCCUUGUAUCCAUCCAUCUUUUCUCUUCUGCUUCUUUUCUUCUCUUCUCUGCACGCCGGGACAUCGCCCUACCAUUCCCGGCUAUUCCAUCGUUGGACCCUUUCGCGGAUCCGUCGUGCUGGGUCGGUCACUCCUCAACCGGGUCUUUUCCCCGAGUCAUCCCAUCCCAUCCCGUCGCACCCACCGAAAAAACCCCAAUCAAUCUAUUCCAGAGGAGGUCCCCCAUUCAUUACUGCUUCACCCGUCUGUCCAUUCGCCCACUGGCUGCUAUAUUCAUCCCGCCCCAUCCCGUGGAGCCCCGUCCCGUCGGCCGUGCCGAACUUCCAUUCCCACCCCUUUCCACACUACAUAAUCACGCCUUUUCCCCUCCUCGCCCAGUCGGCGAGUCGAGGGAGAGAGAGGAAUGGGCAUAAUGGAGAAACUAGGGGUGACAGACCCCUUGGCAAACCUUCCCCACAGGCCGCAGUCCUACAACGACAAGUAUGUCGUCGUCUAUGAUUUCAGUGAAGUUGAUGCCGAGACCUCCGUCAAGGAGCUCACGACGCUCCUGAGCGACCUCGAGUCGGCCGGACUCCAGACCGAGGUGCGCGCCGGCUACGACCAGACGCUGCUCGUCUUCGUCAAGGCCCCACGUGAGCUCCUCGGAAAUACCGUCUACAAGUCAAGGGUCAAGGAUUGGCUCUAUGGCAUCGUGCCCGAACACCCCGGCGGCUCAAAGACCACCAUCGUCGACGGCGCCUUCGAGGCCGAGGACAUCCUGUCCGUCUACCACCUUGUCAACUGGUCCAAGUCGCUGGGCGGCGCCGGGAUCACUCCGGAGGCCGGGCAAUGGAAGAACGUCAAAGCCAUCUUCCCGCUGCACAACGAGGAGAGGAACCAGUCCCUGAUGAAGCACCUCAGCAAGCGCCUGUUCCUGACCCUGGACGACAUUGACUCGAUCCGAGACCUCUGGGGGACCAAGGUCGCCUUCUACUUCGCCUUCAUCCAGACCUACCUGCUCUUCCUCACGUUCCCCGCCAUCACCGGCGUCAUCGCCUGGAUGUACCUCUCCAAGUACUCCCUCUUCUACGCCAUCUCGACCUGCGUGUGGUGCACCGUCUUCCUCGAGUACUGGAAGAUCCAGGAGGUCGACCUCAGCAUCCGCUGGAACGUCCAAGGCAUCGGCAAGGUCAAGGUCAACCGCCCGCAGUUCAAGUACGACCGCAUCAUCAAGGAUGAGGCCGGCCGCGAGAAGCACUACUUCCCCAAGUGGAAGCAGAUCACGCGCCAGCUGCUCCAGAUCCCCUUUGUGCUGAUCUCGGCUUUCGCGCUCGGCGCCAUCAUCGUGCUCGUCUUCGCCAUCGAGGUGCUGAUAUCCGAGGGGUAUGAUGGGCCGUAUAAGAACGUCAUUGAAUACGUCCCGACGUGCUUGCUCGCCGUCGCCCUGCCCUACAUCAGCAGCGCCCUCGAGGACAUCGCCACGACGCUGACCAACUACGAGAACCACCGCACCGCCGACUACCACGAGAUGUCGCUGACGCAGAAGAUCUUCGUGCUCAACAUCAUCACCAACUACCUGCCCAUCCUCAUCACGGCCUUCGUCUACGUGCCCUUUGGCGACACCUUCGUCCCCUGGCUCGAGCGCAUGACCAAGGCCUUCCUCGGCGCGCUUGGCCAGAAGUACAUGGACGACGACCUCAGCUUCCACGUCGACGCGGACCGGCUCCGCGACGAGGUCAUCGCCCUCGUCGUCACGGGCCAGAUCUCGGGCUUCUUCGACGAGAACAUCAUGCCGGUGCUCAAGCACAAGGCGCAGGGCCUGUACCGCGAGUACCGCCGCUCGCACUCCAAGGACACGAUGCUCAUGUCCAUCGUCCAGGACGACCCGGAGGAGGCCCGGUUCCUGCGCAGCGCGCGCAAUCAGGCGACGCUCGACAAGUACAACGUGCAGGACGACAUCGCCGAGAUCGUGUUACAGUUCGGCUACCUCGCCCUCUUCUCGCCCGUCUGGCCGCUGAUCCCCAUCGGCUUCCUCAUCAACAACGUCGUCGAGCUGCGCACCGACUUCCUCAAGAUCUGCAUGGAGCACCAGCGACCUGCCCCCGUCCGUACCGACGGCAUCGGCCCCUGGAUCAACUCGCUCGACUUCCUCACCUGGGUCGGCAGCCUCUCGACCGGCGCCAUCGUCCACCUCUUCGGCGCCAACAGCAUCGGCGGCGGCGCCUGGUGGGCGCUGCCCAUCACCAUCUUCAUCAGCGAGCACAUCUUCCUGGCGCUGCGCGCCCUGGUGCGCUUCGCCCUGCAGCGCGUCGGCUCCGAGCAGAUCCGCAAGCAGCGCCAGCAGCGGUACGCCACGCGCGUCAAGCACCUCGAGGAGAUCGAGGCCGACAAGCAGCAGGGGCUGAUGCUCUCCGUCGCCGAGCGCGAGCGGCGCAAGUCCAUCCGCGCCAUGGGCCACGAGUCGUUCUGGACGACGCAAAUCGAUGAGGGCGCGAGCGCGGCGGUGGGCAUCGGGCUGAUCCAGUCGGUCAAGAGGGCCGAGGUGCUGAAGAACGGCCAGCCGAAGCUCGACUGAAGUGCUGGGGUUUCCUUUGUGUAUCAAACCACGUUUCCCAGACUUCUAUUUCCUAUAUAGUCUCAUAGAUUCCGGUGUCUUAGACCACACUACGACUGGCUAUGUAGAAGCAACUCAAUAAAACAUCCAG